GAUUGUCGAUUAAUUAUGAUUUUAUUACUUUGAGUUUCAAUUAGUGGUGUAAAUUAAUGGGUAACUGAUUAUCCUACGGUGAUUACUGGUUAAAGUAGAUCAUCCAAGAUUGAUUAAGAUUUACGAUGUGUUGUCAUCUUUUGAUUAAUCUCUCAAGUUUUGAGAGAUAGUAUAAAUUUAGUGUAUUUACUGUUAACAUUGAAUUUUUUAUUCUUCAUUUCUUUCAAUUGUUUUGAUUAACUAAUUAAUCCCAAUUAGACAUUCGUCACUUUCCUUUUCUGUAUAAAUAACUGUUACUCUCACUAUUACUUUCUAUUUAUUUUUCGUUUGUUUGUUUGUUUGUUUGAUAUAAUCAUCGUUCCAUAUAAUAAUCAUGGGAGAUAAGAAAAAGUUCAUCGCUGUUGGAAUACUUUGUUUCAUCAAUUUAAUCAACUAUAUGGAUCGAUUUACAGUUGCUGGUGUUUUAAGUGAUAUUGAAGAUUAUUAUCAUCUUACUGAUGCCGAAGGUGGUAUAUUACAAACUGUCUUUAUUGUUAGUUAUAUGAUUAUGGCUCCAAUUUUUGGUUAUCUGGGUGAUCGAUAUUCAAGAAAAUAUCUAAUGGCCGCUGGGAUCCUUUUUUGGUCCAUGACCACUUACCUUGGGUCAAUUAUUCCUGCCAAUGCUUGGGGCUGGUUCCUUUUCAUGAGAGCUAUGGUUGGAACUGGAGAGGCUUCUUAUUCAACUAUUGCACCAACAAUAAUUGGUGAUUAUUUUAUUGGCACCAUGAGAACUCAGAUGCUCGGUGCUUUCUUUUUUGCUAUUCCCGUUGGAUCUGGUUUUGGUUAUAUUUGUGCUGAUUUACUUUCAAGAUCAUUCGGAGAUUGGAAAUAUGCACUUCGAUUGACUCCUCUCUUAGGUGUCUUAUCUGUUGUUUUAUUGAUGCUUUUCCUUGAAGAACCGCCAAGAGGCGAGGCUGAUGGUGUUGAGCUGAUGGAAAAAUCAAAUGUUAAAGAAGAUUUAAUUUAUUUAACUAAAGUUCCCUCUUACAUUUGGUCGACGAUUGGAUUUACUUGCGUUUGUUUCACCACAGGAUCACUCUCAUGGUGGGCUCCUCAUUUCAUGGAAAAUGUUUACAAACUUCGCGAUGGAAAAGACCAUGACGGGAUAUCUCUUAUUUUCGGAGCCAUAACUUCAGUCGCUGGUAUCUUCGGCAUCUUGAUUGGAACUUAUGGAGCUGGACUUCUUCGUAAACGAACCCCUCGGGCGGAUCCUCUUCUCUGCUCCAUAAGUGUCUUUCUUUCGACCCCAUUCAUCUUUGCUGCUCUCGCAUUAGCCACAGUUGUUCCUGUACUUUCAUGGCUCAGCAUCGCUAUCGGGGUGACACUUUUAUGCAUCAAUUGGACUUUGGUUUCCGACAUGUUACUCUACAUUAUUGUCCCGCACCGUCGGGCUUUUGCUUCGGCAAUUCAAAUUCUAAUCUCUCACCUUUUUGGAGAUGCAACUAGUCCUUUCAUUAUUGGCAAAAUUUCGGAUACAAUUAAAGCAAGUAACACCUUCGCAUCAAUAACUGAAGGAUCGGUGGUUAGUCUUCAAUACUCACUUUACACAAAUUGUAUUGUCUUAAUCAUCGGAGGUUGUGCUUUUCUUUACAAUUCAUAUUUCAUUGUAAGAGAUAAAUCAUUCAGUCAUGAAUAAGGUUUCUCAAUAGGUUUAUAUUCACGAGGAAAAAUGAAUAUCAUGUAACAAACACAUAUAAAUAAAUUUAAAUAAGUUUUUUUAUUCAAACAAA